GCUCCUCCUCCAUCUUCCAGCUCGUUAUUUCCACACCCACAAUGCCUGAAUGGAAACCCCCUAAUGUAUCGCCUGAUGCUGUAGCUGACUUUAUCAUCGAGGCCGAUGACUCUGACGAUGAAGCGCCUGUCCGCAGUUCCACUCAGCCACAGUCGCUGUCCAGCGCGCCACCACCCGCAAACUCCAUGUUCAGCAACUUUACGAGCUUCAUGAAUCCAACAGCUGUCAACUUGGAAGCAAGCUUCCAGCCGCUCACAGGGGCUAACACGCGUGUCCAGGAACGCCAGUUUUCCGGUGGAAACACGUUGGACGAACCAAUUCUCGAAACGUUAUCCCGUGACUUGAAGGCCAUCGGCCACCAUUUGUAUGCGGUUUUGUGGCCCGCCUCGUUAUCGAAGCUUGCUAAGGCCCAGCAGCAGAACCUUGUCGGAUACGCCCGAAACGCCGGGAUCAAUGUUCCAGACGCGCUCCGGGGUGAUAUUGAGAAUGAGGCAGCUCCUGUCGCGGUAAAACAACUUGAAUGGGACUUGUGGGGGCCGCUCGUCUUCUCUCUCGCAUACUCUGUGAUUUUGGGGGUCUUGUCACCCAAGGCGCUGUCGUCUGAGGUCUUUUCGCUGACCUUUUCCAUGAUCUGGUUGACUUUGGCGGUCAUUGCCGUGAAUAUUCAGCUCUUGGGAGGGACCAUUUCGUUUCUUCCCGCCCUUAGUGCCACUGGUUACUCCAUUUUCCCCAUCGUCGUUGGUGCGGUCGUUUCCAUCUUGGUGAAGCACGCGAUGGUGCGGCUUGUGGUGGAUGCGGUGUUGGUUUCCUGGGCGGUCUACGCCGCCACCGUGGCCUUGAAGUGCUCGGGGGUACUUUCUGGGAGGGUAAUCUUGGCUAUAUACCCGGUAGGCCUCAUCUACGUCGUGUUGGGGUGGUUGUGUGUGAUUACGUAAGACAAUAAUAUGAUUAAGAUGUUCACAGUGACUUUGAGGUCGGGGUCAUAAGAUGGGGCUAGAGAGAAGCAUUGGCGUGCGGUGUCUACGGAACGGUGAUCGUAUAAGUUGGUAAGGUUCCCGGAGAAUUAGAGACUGCUAACACUAAUGGUUGCGUCACCAAUCCGAAAGAGGCCUGAAAUUUCGGUGAAAUAUCAUAGCAGUAAAGAAGUAGAAGAAGAACUUUGGGGAGGAUGGCUUGUACGACCCCUGAAUCUAAAAUUUGAAAUUAGGCUAGAUAUCCAAUUAAUGAAAAUGGAAAUAUGGCACAGUGAGACCAAU